CCCAUCCUGCAUGUCAUAAUAUCAUAUUCUCGAAGUCUUCUUUAGCAAUCUUGAUUAUUCUCCUCCGUUAAUUUUCUUGGUUGCCAUGGCAGAGAAACAACCUCAUCUGAACGGAGCAUACUACGGCCCUGCAGUUCCACCCCCUAGUCAAUACUAUCACCGCCACGGAAGCAGCCGUGGUUGCGGCUGCUGCGGCUGCCUUUUCAGUUUGCUUUUCAAGAUCAUUGUCAGCGUUGUUAUCGUUGUAGGCCUUGCGGUCCUCAUCUUCUGGCUCAUCUUCCGCCCCAACAGGGUCAAGUUUCAUGUCACCGAUGCCUCGCUUACCCAGUUCAACUUCACCACCAACAACAACACGCUCCACUACAACCUUUCCGUCGACAUCAGCGUUAGAAACCCAAACAAAAAGAUCGGCAUAUACUACGAUCGCAUCGAAGCUAGGGCCUAUUUUGAGGAUCAGAGGUUUAGUACGGUACCGCUUCCCCCGUUUUACCAAGGACAUAAGAAUACGACCUUUUUGAGUCCGGUGUUUAAAGGGCAGACAGUUGUUUUGUUGGGAGCAGAUGAGCUUUCCGAGCUUAAUUCAGAUAAGAGCGUUGGGGUUUUUGACGUUGAAGUUAAGCUCUAUCUCCGGAUUAGGUUUAAGUUGGGUAAGGUCAAGAGUUGGCGGAUGAGGCCCAAGAUCGAGUGCGACUUGAAGGUUCCUUUGAGUUCUAAUGGAAAAGUAGCGGGUGGCUUUCAGACUACCAAGUGCCACAUUGAUUUCUGAUCAUUUGCCUCCACGAGUCUUCGAUUCCGUUUUAUUAUUUCUUAAUUCAUGUUGAUUUUCUGUCACAUAUGUAUUCCAUAGACGAUGGUUAGGCUCUAGAUCUUCUACCUAGCUAGUGGGUGAGCUAUUAUAUAUAGACGUACGACUAUGAUAUUAUUUUGCAUUAUACGUUACGUAAGAUCGAUGUUUUUUCUUCUCACGCGUUUUUAAUUUUGAUUCUUCAUAUUAUAUAUUUUCUA